AUGAUAAGCAACAUGAUUAGGUUAAUAGUCCUUGUGGUGUUUCUUGGGUGGAUCAUGAUCUGGGUUAUGUUGCCAACAAAGCUUUACGAUAAUAAAUGGACACCAAAGCUGACAAGCAAGUUAAUCAAUUCAAAAUUUGAAGUGCAAGGGACAAAUCUGCUUUUGUUUUCCUUCCCUGUGAUGUUCAUAGCUAUUUCUGGAUGUGUUUAUCUCCAUCUUCAGAAGAAACUCAAAAACUCCAGCUCCAAAAGAGUUGUUACAAGCAAGCGUUUAUCCUUCUUGAGACGCCCAGUGCUAGUGAUGGCUCCUCUAGGCAUUUUUACAGCUGUGGAGAUUGCAUUUGCAGUCAUGUUCAUUGCACUCUUGAUCUGGUCUCUUGCCAACUACUUGUAUGUCAGUUUUGGCCAUCUCCACAUGGAUAAACAAGGGGAGAAAGUAUGGCAGGCAAAGUUUCGAAGUGUAUCGCUGAGACUUGGAUAUAUUGGAAACAUAUGCUGGGCAUUUCUCUUCUUUCCAGUAACUCGAGGCUCUUCAGUUUUGCCUCUAGUUGGACUCACAUCUGAGUCGAGUAUCAAGUAUCAUAUCUGGCUCGGCCAUCUGUCUAUGAUCCUUUUUGCUGCACAUACCAUAGGUUUCAUCAUAUACUGGGGAAUGACAAAUCAAAUGGCUCUGAUGUUAGAAUGGAGCAAAACCUGGGUAUCAAAUGUUGCUGGAGAGAUUGCAAUGGUACUUGCACUGGCAAUGUGGGUGACUAGUUCUUAUCGCAUUAGGCGUAAAAUGUUCGAGGUUUUCUUCUAUUCGCACCAUCUCUACAUUGUCUACAUUCUCUUCUAUGUAUUGCAUGUUGGCGCUGCCUAUUUCUGCAUGAUCCUACCUGGGAUCUUCCUCUUCGUCAUUGACAGAUACUUGAGAUUCUUACAAUCAACGAAACGAGCUAGAUUAAUGUCAGCUCGCCUCUUACCAUGUGGCAGUAUUGAGCUCAACUUCUCCAAGAGUACAGGAUUGUAUUAUAAUCCAACAAGCAUAAUAUUUUUGAAUGUGCCUUGCAUUUCCAAGCUACAGUGGCAUCCUUUUACUGUCACUUCAAACUGCAAUAUGGAACCAGAUAAGCUAAGUGUAGUUAUCAAAAGACAAGGAAGUUGGUCUCAAAAGCUUUACCAACAACUUUCAUCUUCUAAUGAUAUUGGCCUUGAAUUGUCUGUUGAAGGGCCUUACGGACCUGCUUCAUCCCAUUUUCUAAGGCAUGAGUUGCUGGUGAUGGUUUGUGGGGGUAGCGGUAUCACUCCCUUCAUAUCCAUAAUCCGCCAGAUCAUUUUCCAAAGUGCACAACCAAACUCCCAUAAUCCACAAGUUCUUCUGGUUUGUGCAUUCAAGAACACAGCUGAUCUUACAAUGCUAGACCUCUUGCUCCCAGUCAAUAACGCACCUAUACAAAUCACUCAAGUGAAUCUGCAAAUUGAAGCUUACAUCACGAGAGAGACACAGCAGCCUAUUCCAGAUUCUGAAACCCUCCUCCGAACCAUAUGGUUCAAGCCAAACCCAUCCGACUCACCUAUCACUGCAGCUCUAGGUCCAAACAAUUGGCUAUGGCUUGGUGCAAUAAUCGCAUCAUCAUUUGUGAUGUUUCUUGUAUUACUAGGAAUCAUUACUCGGUUCUAUAUUUACCCUAUUGAUCAUAACACAAGUGAGAUAUACCAUUUUUCAUAUUUUGUAUUGUGGGAUACGCUUUUGGUAUGUGCCUGCGUUAUAAUAACUUGCAGUGCAGCCUUUCUUUGGUGCAAAAGUAAAAAUGCCCAGCAAAUUCAAAACCUGGAAGUGCCAACUCCAACAGCAUCACCAGGAGAUAGAGAGCUGGAAAGCCUUCCCCAUGAGUCCCUUGUCCAAGCUACAAAGUUGCAUUUUGGUGCAAGACCUGAUCUCAACAGAAUUUUAUUAGAGCGCAAAGGAGUAGAUGUUGGAGUAUUAGCCUGCGGGCCAAGGGCAAUGAGACAUGAGGUUGCCAAAAUUUGCUCUUCUGGUUUGGCAGAUAACCUCCACUUUGAAUCUAUUAGCUUUGACUGGUGAGGUCAUGCAUGUAUAAUCUUGCACUUCAUCUAAUUUUAUAUGCUGCGUAACAAUAAGAAAAAUCACGUUGGUGGUUCUCCUCUCGUGUCAAGCGCGCCGGGUAAAUAAAUUCUUAUUUUUAUUAGUUUGGUUUAUCGGUGAGACCAUGGACCCGAUUCAUGCGUACCGCUGCUGCCUGCCUUUAACAGAUUCUAAUGGAGCUAGUAACUGAGGAUAUAAAGUUUCUAGUUCAACUCUGUAAUAUAUUAUCUUAUGUCAGGAAAUAAUAAACGCGACAAGCUCGAAGGAGACAAUUUAACUGUUCUGCGUUGUUUUAAUCUUCAUAUAAUAUACCAUUUUGUAAAUUAGUUUCGAUGUUUUUUA